GCUCUGAUUGGCUGCCGGCCGCCCGGGGGAGGGCGGGGGGAAACUCCGAGCCUUCUUGAUACGUCCGCCAUUUUGGGCGCUUCGCGGAUGGUGGCGGCGAGCGAGUUUCCCGCCUGAGCGCGACGGGCGGCGGGUCGCGGGCCCUCAGACCAGCAUGUUUUGGAAGUUUGAUCUUCACUCGUCAUCCCACAUAGACACGCUUCUGGAGAGAGAAGAUGUCACCCUGAAGGAGCUGCUGGACGAGGAGGACGUCUUGCAGGAGUGUAAGGCACAGAACCGCAAGCUGAUCGAGUUUCUGCUGAGGGCGGAAUGCCUCGGGGACCUCGUCUCCUUCAUCAUAGAAGAGCCGCCUCAGGACGUGGACGAGAAGAUCAGAUACAAGUACCCGAAUAUAUCUUGUGAGCUGCUCACGUCAGAUGUCUCCCAGAUGAACGACAGGCUGGGGGAGGACGCGUCCUUGCUCGUGAAGUUAUAUAGCUUUCUCCUCAACGACCCCCCCCUGAACCCGCUGCUCGCCAGCUUCUUCAGCAAGGUGCUAAGUAUUCUUAUCAGCAGGAAACCAGAGCAGAUCGUGGAUUUCCUGAAGAAGAAGCAGGACUUCGUAGACCUUGUCAUCAAGCACAUAGGCACGUCGGCCAUCAUGGACUUGCUGCUCAGGCUCCUCACGUGCAUCGAACCGCCGCAGCCCCGGCAGGACGUGCUGAAUUGGUUAAACGAGGAGAAAAUCAUCCAGAGGCUUGUGGAGAUAGUCCAUCCGUUGCAAGAGGAAGAUCGGCACUCGAACGCGUCACAGUCCCUCUGUGAGAUUGUCCGCCUGAGCAGAGACCAGAUGCUGCAGAUUCAGAACAGCCCGGAACCGGACCCCCUGCUGGCCACACUGGAGAAGCAGGAAAUCAUAGAGCAGCUUCUGUCAAACAUCUUCCACCAGGAGAAGAACGAGCCGGCCAUAGUCAGUGCCAUCCAGAUCCUGCUGACCCUCCUGGAGACGCGGAGACCUGCAUUCGAAGGCCACAUAGAGAUCUGUCCGCCGGGCAUGAGCCGCUCAGCGUGUCCGGUCAAUAAGAGUGUUCUAGAAGCCAUCCGAGGAAGACUUGGAUCUUUCCACGAGCUCCUGUUGGAGCCGCCCAAGAAAAGUGUGGUGAAGACGACGUGGGGUGUGCUGGACCCUCCCGUGGGGAAUACCCGCCUGAACGUCAUCAGGUUGAUAUCCAGCCUCCUGCAGACCAACACCAGCACCAUCAACCAGGACCUCGUGGAGCUGAAUAGCAUCGGGGUCAUUCUGGACAUGUUCUUCAAAUACACAUGGAAUAACUUUUUACACACACAAGUGGAGAUCUGCAUUGCACUAAUUCUUGCCAGUCCUUUUGAAAACACAGAAAACGGCACAAUCACCGAUCAAGACUCCACUGGUGACAACUUAUUACUGAAACAUCUUUUUCAGAAAUGCCAGGUCAUAGAACGGAUACUUGAAGCCUGGGAAGUGAACGAGAAGAAGCAGGCCGAGGGCGGAAGACGGCACGGCUACAUGGGCCACCUGACGAGGAUAGCCAACUGCGUCGCGCACGGCGCCGACAAGGGCCCCGGCAGCACGGCCGUGCAGCAGCUCAUCAGAGAACUGCCAGACGGAGUCCGGGAGCGGUGGGAGACCUUCUGCUCGAGCUCCUUGGGAGAGGCGAACAAGAGGAACACGGUGGAUCUAGUUACAACCUGCCAUAUUCAUUCAUCCAGUGAUGAUGAGAUUGACUUUAAAGAGACGGGCUUCUCACAGGACUCUUCCUUGCAGCAAGCCUUUUCUGAUUAUCAGAUGCAACAAAUGACGUCCAAUUUUAUUGACCAGUUUGGCUUCAACGACGAGAAGUUUGCAGAUCAAGACGACAUUGGCAAUGUUUCCUUUGAUCGCGUUGCAGAUAUCAACUUCACUCUCAAUACAAACGAAAGUGGGAACGUUGCCUUGUUUGAAGCAUGCUGUAAGGAAAGGAUCCAGCAGUUUGAUGAUGGCGGCUCUGAUGAGGACGACAUCUGGGAGGAGAGACACAUCCCAUUCACGCCGGAAUCCCAAAGGCGAUCCAGCUCAGGGAGCACAGACAGCGAGGAGAGCACAGACUCUGAGGAGGAGGACGGAGCGAAGCGGGACUUGUUUGAGUCCGCUGGUGCCGGUGCUGAAGACAAGAUGGAGGUGGACCUGAGCGAACCCCCCGGCUGGUCGGCCAACUUCGAUGUCCCUAUGGAGACAGCCCACGGGGCUCCCCUCCACUCCGUGGGCUCGGACGUCUGGAGCACCGAGGAGCCUGUGCCCACCAAGGAGACGGGCUGGGCCUCCUUCUCCGAGUUCACGGCUUCCCUGAGUGCGAAGGACUCGCUGAGGAGUAAUUCCCCGGUGGCGAUGGAGACCAGCUCGGAGCCCGCGGGGCCCCCGGCGCCCAGCACCCCCGCACUGCCGCCGCAGCCGGAAGCUCCGGGCAGCGUGGCCAUGGACGCCAGCUCGGACGGCGAGGAGGACGCGGAGGGUGCAGACAAGGUAACUGAGACAGUGAUGAAUGGCGGCCUGAAGGAGAUGCUCAGCCUCACUGUGGACGCCAAGACAGAGACCGCGGUCUUCAAAAGAGUGUUGAGAUCCUUUCGGUAUGUACCCUCAGGCGGGACAUCUGCAGGCGCGCAUCGUGCCCUCUGGGUCCCCACGUGUGCGCGCCCCUCACGCCCUCCCGCGCCCCUGCCCCCCCUCCCGCGCAUGCCCGGCCCCGGCGCCCCUGAAGAUGCUGCUUGUAAAGCGGCGGCGGAGGAGGGUCCCGCCCCGGGGGCAAAGGCCACGGUCCCCCGGCCCCCAGGCACCAGUCCCGAGCAGAGGACUGAGCCGCCGAGCGCGCCCGGGGACGCGUGUGUGAACGGCCCCGUAUGAUGCAGGGCGCACCCCGCCGCUCAGGGCGAGGCUUCCCGGACACCAGCCGCACUCAGCCUGCCAGGAACCAGGACCAGCAGCCUUUCUCCUCUAGCUCCUCAGACGCUGUACAGAGAAUUCAGACUUGUGAAAAGAUCGCACACUGACAAAUGCCCAGAAUCUCUGCGUAUGUUCAUAUCGUAUUGUCCCGAAUCACGGGUCUCCUGUGAACACCAUCCUUCCGCCCAGGCUGAUAGCGGCAGAGCUCAGGUGGCUGCGAGGACGGCUCCCUGCCUGCAUGCCUGCCUGCCUGCCUGCCUGCCUGCCUUCCGACGGCAAACACACGGGCCGACGUCUUUGAACGUAGCUACUGGGCAGUUAUUAGUGUGACCAAAGUAUUAAGCCAUUUCAUACCCUUUUCACCUUGUACAAAAUUCUGGAUUCGUUUUUUGUUUGUUUGUUUCUUUGUUUGUUUUUCCUCCUCCCAAGUUGGCAAGGAAUUGUAGGACUGAGAAUGCCCCCAGUGUUAUUUUGGUUGUUUUAAAGGUGAUUUCGAAUAAGAAAUAUUUGGUGUUCUUUUUAUAUCCCGUUUUUGAUUGGUAACUGUUUUCUGUAUUGUUUAAGGAGAUCAAAAACGUGAGUCUAUCGGUAGAGAUGAACUAUUUAUUGCUCCGGCUUAGUUGCUGAGUCGCCGUGACCGUGAAGCCACGUGCCCCGCUCAGGUCUGGUCUGCUGGGCCGCGGGCCGCUGGCCGCUGCCGGGGACCCGAGGCUGCCGGGCGUCUGUGGCUUGUGGUUUCGGGGUGUGUGUUUGUUUGUUGUUUUGUUUUUCGUUCCUCUUUUUGUUUUCGUAGUUCAUCUGCCUUUCAACCCACUCACUGAAAUUUCCCUCGUUCACAAGCGUCACUGACGACCCAGAACGAGCCAGAGCUGUGUGCCCCGCGGCCCGGCCCGGCCCGGCCCGGCCCUCGCAUGCCCGCGUCUCACUCCCCGGGGAGCUGUUCGCGCGUCGAUCCAAAACCAGUGUAUUUUUCUAGAACUGGUUGUGUACAUAGUGAUUAUGGAGACUGAUCCGAUGUAAUUUAUAAUUUUCUAUGUCGAUGCCAAGAUACAUCGCAGCCUUCUCAGACAGCUCAAGCAGCCGGCUGUACCGGCGCGCCGUCCUCCGGAGAGAGGCAGACCCCUCACCCUCGCACUUGGAGAUGCUGAGCAGUUUUUCAUUUCUGGAAAAGAAAAGUACUCACAUAUUUUUACAUCGUUUCUUUUUCCUGACCAGUAUUGAAAAAACCAAAAGGAUAUUCUGGAAAGUGGCCCACGAUUUUUCUAGAACUAGCAGCCUCCCAGCCGUGUGCCUCACCCGGAAAUAAAAGGAUCAAAUGUC